AUGCCGGUUCUUGUUAAUGGUAGUCCCAGUAGGGAGUUUGAGGUUUCUAGAGGUUUGAGACAACGUGAUCCGCUUUCACCUUUUCUUUAUGUUUUAGUGGUGGAAGGCCUAACGGGGUUAGCUAGAAAAUCCAUUGAUGUUGGGGAUUUUGGGAGAUUUUCUAUCAACGGGUCUUGUUGGGUUGAUAUCCUUCAAUUUGCGGAUGACACUUUAAUUGUGGGAGAAGGCUCUUGGAAACAUGUUUGGGCGAUUAAGGCAGUGCUUUGGGCGCUUGAACUUGUUUCGGGACUUGGAAUUAAUCAUCACAAAAGUAAAUUGAUAUGA